AUGCGUUCGGUGGCGAGUCCGAGCGCUCGAUCGAGCGCGAGCGCGCCGACGUCGAGCUGUAGAAGAAAACGACGGGGGCGAGCGGCGAGACGCGCGCGCGGCGCGGUGGCGCCCAACUCGAGCGAUGACGCCGAGCUCAUCACGGGCUGGGAGCAUAUCACCCCGGAGUACCUGUGGAACACCGAGUUGGCGAGACGGACAAAGUACUUGGACGCCUUCGAGCGAGAGGAGGUUCGAGACGCGCUCGAAUUGGCGUUCACGGCGCACGACGGGCAGGCGAGGAAGAGCGGAGAACCGUACAUCACGCACCCAGUCGCGGUUGCGGCGAUUUUAGCGGACUUGGAGCUCGACCACGAGAGUCUCAUCGCCGGGUUACUGCACGACACGGUCGAGGACACCGAUGUGGUGACGUUUGAAUCGUUGGAGAAGCGAUACGGCGUCGCGGUGCGAAAAAUCGUCGAGGGUGAGACAAAAGUUAGCAAAGUGAGCUCUUCGUUGAGUAAAGACGGCGCCGCGCGUAACGCACCCGCCCGUGGUGGCCCGUCCGCGGCGUUGAGCUCUGAGGAUGUCAAGUCGGAGGACUUGGCGCAGAUGUUUCUCGCCAUGACUGAGGAAGUGCGCAUCAUCAUCGUCAAACUUGCUGAUCGUUUGCACAACAUGCGCACGCUGGAGGGAUUAAAGCAGGAAAAGCGAGUAAAGAUAGCGAAAGAAACGCUUCUUGUGUUCGCUCCACUCGCCAAGCUACUCGGAAUGUACGAUAUAAAAAAUGAACUUGAGGAUUUGGCGUUUCGCUACGCGGAUCCUGAGGCGUACUCCACCACUGUGAGGCGGUUAGAGGAGGUUAGUAAGGUUCAGGAACCGACGAUCAAACUUGCUUUCGAAAGGAUCAAGAGUGAAAUGCUUCAGGACGACUUUUUGCGCGGACACGCGGUGGCGGUGAGUCUCGGCGCGAAGCAGAAGGAGCCGUACGGCGUCCAUCGCAGCGUGCGAAAUAGCUCAGCCAAGGCGGGAGCAUUCGGGGCGAACGGUGAAGCAGCUAUCACUGAAGUGGCUCAGCUGAAAAUAGUCCUGCACGACGCGCAGGCGGUCAUUGGUUUGAGCGACGAGGCUCGUAGAGUUCAGGCGAGUCGCAUCUGUUACCACGUUCUCGGCGUCGUCCACGCGAUGUGGCCGCCCAUUCCCGGUGAGUUGAGGGAUUACCUAGCGACUCCCAAAUUGAAUGGCUACAAGGCUCUUCACACGGUUGUCUUACCGAUCUCACCGGGCGCUAGCGAAGUGGACGCGGCGGUGUUCCCGUUGGAGGUGAUCAUUAGAACUGAGCCGAUGGAGAUGUUGGCGACCAAGGGCAUCGCGUGCGAUGACGAGCUUCGUCAGCAGUGGCGAAUAGGCGCGCGUAGAACCAGUCUCGCGCUGAGGGCGCAGCGGCGACAAGAGAAACGCAUAUCUUUGGCGCAGAAGGGUAGAAAAGACAUCGACGAGGCCAGGUUGGAUCAGGAGGAGGCUCGCGAUGAAGAGGUUGCGGCGGCGGACGCCAAGCGACCAGGCGGCGCCGCGAGCACCGCGCUCGCAAAGUCUCAAGUCACGUGGCUGAAGAACAUCCAAGCUUGGCAGACGGAGUUUAUCGACGUGCUAAGCGCGAGAGAAUUCGUUGACACGAUCACCAGCGAUCUGCUCGGUCGUCGUGUGUUCGUUUUCACUCCGAAAGGGCGUGCGCUGAACUUGCCUCACGGCGCCACAGUCGUCGAUUACGCGUUUUACUCUGAUGACACUAACGGCGCACACAUGUCGUACGCCAAGGUCAACGGCGUGCGAGUUGAUCUCGAUCAUGUUCUGAGCAACGCGGAGGUGGUGGAAAUUUUCACCGACAAUGAUGAAAUCCCCGCUCAUAUGUUGAUGCGCAAACUCCGCAAACUCAGGCUCAACGCCGAGACGCGCUCUGCUCGCGCAAAAAUUCAAAAACGUUUGGCACAACUCGGAAGUGGUGCAAUCAAAGAGUUGCGUGAGUCGUUGCAAAUUGAAGCGCUCACUUUGUGCGGGGAGCCGAUUCCGGAUAAGGUCGGUCCCGGGCCGCGCACCGUGACGUACUGCUGCUGUACUCUGGAGCUCACAGCGUCCGACAGAACCGGUUUACUCGCCAUGGUGAGCACGAGCAUCACGAAGAGCGGAGCGAAUAUCGAUUCAUACACCGGGGUGAAAGUUCAUUCCGAUUUAUUCAAGAUGACGUUUGCGAUUCAUUUCGAUGAUGAAGAGCUGCGAAGCGGGGCGAGUUUGAAAAACAUGGAUAACAGUCUGCAGCGUCUCUUCACGGAGGUCAUGAAGAGUCCCGAAGUGUUUAGUGGGACGUUCUACUGCGACGUUGACGCUGCGCGCAACGCGUUCAAUGUAUCCGAGACGUAA